AUGUCUGUAGGAUCGAUCCGCAACGGGUGUGUUGAAGCACCCUUAUCGAAAAUCUCUUUGGAAUACCAAAAACAUGGCGGAACACAAAUCAAAGGAGGGUACAUGUUACGAUAUAAACGAAAGUACUUGUGGAACUCGUGGUCCGAGGAAUGGGUAGUGCUAUAUGAUGAUUCAACUAUGGCUUGGUUUAAGGAUGCAUCAGGAAAAUGCAUGGCAACACAAAAGCACCUUGUAAAGGAAAGUCCGGAAAUGCUGGCCAUUGCAACCUGGACAGGGCAAGUGCCGCAAAGACCACCGCUGCCUCCAGGAGCAAAAUUAUCACAGCUCAUGGCUUUGGGGUCUCGAAAAGACCCCGGCCGGGUUGUAUGGAUGCUUGCUAAGUCGGAUGCCGAAAUGAGAGAAUGGAUGGCUGCAAUAUCAAAGACCUUGCCUCCGCCGCCUCACAUCGAGCUGGUGAUGUCUAUGCCGUACCUUCGUACUGCCUUCAAGAGACCGACUGUCCGAGUGCGGCCAACACCGGAGAUGUACAGUCGUAAUGGUCGCAAUGCGUUCGGAGCUCUCGACGGUCGUGGACUAGUUGCGGUCAUCAAGCGACAGGUGCCAUUGGCUGGGCAGUUGAAUCAUGAGCUUGCCUGGGGACAGGGUUGGGGCUGGGUCACGUUACCCAACGGUGUCUGGAGUGGGCGAUUAACUUGGUCCCAGGAUGGUGAGGACUUUGCUCUUCACGCGAUGCCUAUUAUGCACCACUCCAACGUCUCAGAAGCUUGCUCCAUGCUCGACGGAGUGACAGCUUACGAGGCCUCCGCGUACGAUCAAGCUCUUGCUGAAUACGAUGACACCGCUACUGUCUCUGAUGAUUGGGAUUUCAGCGUUGAUUGCGGGGAUUUUAUGAUGUAA